GCCAACCGCCGUUAAACCUCAUCGAAGAAGAAGAAGAAAAACGCUAGGCAGAAUCAGAGAGAGGUUUCAACCAACAUUUAUUUGAUAAAGCGAACAGCUAGACUUUCAUAACCAUUGCUAAUAUGUCAAAACUACAGUUGUUGAAUGUGUUUGUUACCGAGCGUUUGUCGGCGGCUGCUGUGGAGAUAUUCGGGCGCCGUAGAGAAGACCAUAGCAGAGUAUCAGGAAGAAAUCAGCCGUUCAGCAGAGGAGAACGAGCGUCUACGCAGGCUGUUGGAUUUGGUUAGCAAACCAGAGAUAAAGCUACACAGAGCAGACUUCCAGCUACUCACUCCUGCAGUUCCCCCUGAGCAGCAGAACUGUAAGCAGGAGUGGAGCCCCAGUCUGGGGCAAGAGGACCCAGAACCCACACAGAUUAAAGAGGAACAACAGGAGCUCAGACUCAGUCAGGAGGACUCACCUCAGCCCUCACAUCUUUACCAAAUCCAAAUUGUGGAUGACGGAGAGAGGGGUAUUCUACCUAUCAUCAUAACUGAAGAGAUCAAAACAGAACCUGAUGGAGAGGGCUACAAAGUACCAGAACCAACCAGUGAUCAGCCCCUCUCAGUUCAUCCAGACUGCUCUGCUGCAGUGGAGAAACCAUAUAGGUGUCAACAAUGUGACAAAAGCUUUACACGUAAGGGACACUUGACCAUCCAUUCAAAGAUACACACAGGAGAGAAAUCUUAUCUGUGCAAACAAUGUGGCAAAAGCUUCAUCCAGAAGGGCGACUUGGACAGACAUACAAGGGUACACACAGGAGAUAAUCCAUAUCAGUGCAAACAAUGUGGCAAAAUGUUUAACCAGAAAGGAAGCUUGACCAUCCAUUCAAGGAUACACACAGGGGCAAAACCUUAUCAGUGCAAAGACUGUGACAAAUCCUUCAACCAGAAGAUGGAAUUGAUAUUGCAUAUGAGAGUUCACACAGGGGAGAGACCAUAUAAUUGUCCUGUAUGCAAGAAAAGUUACAUGGCAUUAAGCUAUUUAAGACUUCAUCAGCGUGUUCACACCGGGGAGAAACCUUACCAGUGCAAAGAAUGUGGCAAAUGCUUUGGUUAUAAAGGAAGCUUGAAGUCUCAUAUGAGCACUCACACAAAAGCUUCAGCCUGAAGUGAGAACAACAAAUGAUUACUCACGUGCAUUUCUUGUUACAUCCAACUUGUAAAUAAUUUGAUGUUCUAUUUUCUGGCACUUGACAACAAAACAAAUGUAGUUAUGUGUGUGGAGUGAAAAACAUCAGUAUCAGAUUUGUAAGCUCAUUUUAGCGCUCACUAUUUUCGGAUACCUACCGGCCAGGACAAUGAGGGAAUUUGACUGCUGGCCCGGGUGAAAAGUGAUUGCAUCCGUUUUGAAACCAGGCUGCCUCACAGGCGUGAGCCACUCCUCCCUCACUGUGUUUGCCCGGUCACAUGACAGGCCAUAGCCCGGUGCACCACGGUUCAACCUAAUCGAACUCCCUCACUGCUGGCUUCAGGAAGCCCUCAUUGUUGUGUCUACCACAGAGCACACAUUUGGAUAUCUAAACAACAGGAGUCCUUGUCCAAACUUUUGACUGGUACUCUAUGUAUGUAUAUAUACAGUACCAGUCAAAAGUUUGGACACACCUACUCAU